AUGGUCCCCUACACCUCCAUCGAACCCAAGGCCGCCUUCGCCGCCGCCUUCGAGACCGCCGGCAUGCCUUGGAUGCGCGUCAUCGUUGCCCUGGGGGCCCUUCUCGGCAUCGUCACCGGCGUCCUCGUCGGCAGCAUGGCUGUUUCCCGCAUCUUCAGCGCCGUCGGCCGCGCGCACCUGGUGUUCCCCGUCAUCGGCCACGUCCACCCCAAGUACAACACCCCCGCGGUCGCCGCCCUAAUCCUCGGCGUACCCACCACCGUGCUCGCCCUGCUGAGUGAUCUGCCCAUGUUGAUCAACCUGGUGUCAGCCGGCACGCUGUUCGUGUUUGGUGUGGUGGCCCUGGCCCUUAUCGUGAAGCGCUACACCUUCCCCCCAAGUCUGGCCAUGAACCAAUCGACCGCCCAGAGGGCUCUCCGCACGGCCCUGAUUGUUGCGAUCUGCGGCACCUCCAUCGGCCUCGGACUGGCCUACAACCUCGACUCCCGCUACUGGGUGUACCUCAUAAUCAUCGGCAUCCACAUUGUGCUGACGGUCGCGCUGCACGUGCUGGUGCCGGCCGCGUCGCUCAUGAUCAACGCGUGGCUGUGCAGCACGCUGCCCGCGGAGGCGUGGAUCCAGUACGCGAUUUUCCUCGCCAUCAUCCUGGCGGUGUACCUGCUCUACAGCUGCGCCUCCUCCAUGGCGCUGGAGGAGCACUCCGCGCUCCGCCGCGGCCGCAGCAAGGACCACGCGCCGCCGGCGCUCGAGGACAUGGUGCGCGUCGUCAGCGAGACGGGGGACGCCAAGGCGCUGACCGAGCUCGCGCCGCACGGGGCGGACCCCUCAAAGGGCCUGCAGGGCGCCAAGGCGGUGGACCUCGUUUGA